AUGUACUGUAAAUGCAGCACUAUAAGACCAGCUACAUCCUACACAAGUCCAGUUGAAGAGCACUAUGAUGAUUUCAAAGCAGGUAUGAAGCAGCGCGCUUCGGCUUCUAGCCUUAGUUCUCCCCCUCCGAAACCCACUUACCCUCGAGAAGAAAGCCCGGCUGUCGGAUACCCCCCACACUUCUGCCGCCGCCGAGACCGCCACCACCGGCCAUCUUCGCGCGGGCGCUGCUUUCGUUUCACACCAUCGCGCCGAUCAGUCUUUUUUUCUCGCUCUGGCCCAGGCGCCGUCUCAGAGGUCCAGUUACAGCACACUAGGCCUCUCCCCUCGGCCUGCGCCCGCCACCGCCGCCUCCUUGCCUCCUCCGGCCGACUUCGCAGCGACUGGCUGGAGGCGCGGGUGGGAUGGGGGAUGGCUGCUCACGGGCCCCUCACCGAGCCGGAGGCCCCUCACCCGGCCAGGCCUACGGAGCGCGAGAGGAGGCGAACGCCCGAGAGGGAAGCGACGCCGGGUUCCUUCUCUUCACCCGCCUCCCUUUAUUGUGUUCGGCGACACCAGCAGCCUCUCAGCCGCUCGUGGGAAACAAGAGAGGAAGAAGAGGCCGCCGCAGUCUCGCGGCGGGCUCGCUCUGGCCGCUACGCCGCCUGCCACCCAAAGGCGGGGCGGGAAGGACGAAUGAACCCAACCCAGCCAGGCUGCUCCUCGCCGCCGCCGCCACCCUUCCCCCUCCCGGCUGCAGGAUCUCGCGGCUGUGCGGCGGCCAACGCUUUCGCCUCCUCGCCGCGUUCUCCUCAGACCUCGGCGGUGUCCCCGAGAUCACGUCCCACCGAUCAGUACGCGACCACCACCGUGUUUCUUUCCGCUUCUUUGGGGGCUCGCUCCCUCCCAAAGGCCAGCCCUGAAACGUACACAGAGAAAGAAGGUGUAGCUAAUUUGACAACGAACCCAACACCUCUGUCCCCCCCCCCCCCGCACCCAUGUUUAAAAUGGCCGCAGUUGCAUGAAGCUGUCCCUGGCUGUUUGGCUGCCUUCUCUCCCAUCUUACCUCCUAAGCUCUAGAGAAAGCCACCGAAGAAGGGAAGCGAGGGAUAGUUGGGGUCAUUUACUUCGAAAUUGCUUAGGGAGGAUAUAGGGAGUGCAUGGACAAAUAUAUUUAGAACUCCCUUCUCAAGUCAUUAGCAUCAGAGAUAUUUUUUUUUAUCAAACUCUCUGAAUAGCUCAUUAUUAUUUUUAUCAUGCACAUAUUUGAUAGCAUAAAGCUUUCCUUCGCAACCAAGGAAACGGGUUGGCAUGCUUUCUGAUAAUAAUUGUAUAAAAAUGUAAUGUAUAUGUAAAAGAAAUUGCUGACAGUUUCAAAUGUAAUGUGAGCAAUAAAUUCCAUAAUUUGCCCUGAGGCUCCUUUUGUUAAUGGACGGCUCUAGGUAAAUGUGUAGCAUCACAAUCUCAAAUAAUAUGACCAUUCUUCGUUAUUCUAGACACAGUCUUGAUGAGUCCUGUAUUGUGCAGCCAUAGAAGAAAACAUGAA